GGCCGAUUUUAUGUCAGCCCAACAGCUAAGUUGUUGUUCAUCAUCCACAUCCAUGGUAUUAAUGACAUGCACCCAAAGACAAGAAAAUUUCCUCAGCUCUUGUGUUUGAGACAGAUAUUUAAUGGUGUGUUUCUAAGGGUCAAUAAGGCCAUUGUGAACAUGUUGCAUAGGGUCGAGCCCUACGUGACAUAUGGCUAUCCCAAUUUGAAGAGUGUGAGGGAAUUAAUUUACAAGAGGGGUUAUGGCAAGCUGAAUAAGCAGAGAAUUGGUUUAACUGACAACUAUGUUAUUGAGCAGGCAUUGGGUAAGUUUGGCAUAAUCUGCAUAGAGGAUCUCAUUCACGAGAUCAUGACUGUUGGACCCCAUUUCAAGGAGGCCAAUAACUUCUUAUGGUCAUUCAAGCUCAAGGCGCUGCUAGGUGGUCUUAAGAAGAAGAGAAACCACUACAUUGAAGGAGGGGAUGCUGGAUACAGAGAAAAGUAUAUCAACAAGCUCAUUAGAAGGAUGAACUAACCCUUUAUGCAAAAUUUUCCUUCAUUCCAAGUUCUUCUAUCAAUAAUAGAAAUUACUAGAACUCAAUUUUUCCCUGCAGGAGGGCAGUAUUUUGGAGAACAUGGAAGUUGUUUGCAAUUUUGUCGCAUUUGGAUUUUGAAUUGGAAUUAUGUUGUUUCAUGAGUA